UGAUAUGAUAUGGGACCACAUGACACGAUUGUAUGACACAGUCGGAAGUUGAAUUAUUGAAAGCAGUCUUUAGUUGGCACUUUCAACUCAAAUUCAUCGUAGUUUCUUCAAGCAGAUUCACAUUUCCAGAACUUGAAGAUGGCCGAAGCUGCACAAAACCAUUCAUUUCAGCAGCAGAAAGUCAUAAUACCGAACAAACAUGGCAACAAACUUGUGGGCAUACUACAUGAAACUGGAACCAAAGAGAUUGUUAUCCUAUGCCAUGGUCUUCGAGCUUCCAAGGAAAACUUCAUCAUGACAAAUAUUGCUGCUGCACUAGCGAAUGCAGGAAUCAGUUCUUUCCGCUUUGACUUCACUGGAAAUGGGGAAAGUGAAGGUGCAUUCGAGUUUGGUAGCUACUGGAGGGAAGCUGAUGAUAUACAUUCUGUAGCUCAACACUUUCAUGAGGCAAACCGUACAGUUAUUGCAAUUGUUGGACACAGUAAAGGAGGUAAUGCGGCACUUCUUUAUGCAUCAAAAUAUCAUGAUAUUAAAACAAUUGUCAACCUAUCUGGUAGCCAUGAUUUGAAGAUUGGCCUUGAAUUUCGUCUUGGAAAAGAUUUUAUAGAAAGAAUCAGGAAGGAAGGUUUCAUUGAGUUGAAGGCAGAGACCCCAGGAGGUAUUGAUUAUCAUAUAACUGAGGAAAGUUUGAAGGAUCGGUUAAACAUAAUUAUGCUUGAGGAAUGCCUGCAUAUUGACAAAGAAUGCAGGAUCUUUACAGUUCACGGUGGAGCAGACAGCAUUAUCCCGGCUGUAGCUGCACAUGAGUUUGCAAAGGUUCUACCUAAUCACAAGUUACACAUCGUAGAGGGAGCUGAUCAUGUAUAUACUGAUCAUCAAGCUGAGUUAGCGUCAGUUGUGGUGAAUUUUAUAAAGGAAACCUCUGGACAACCUUAAUGCUAGUUAGGUCCCUGAUGGAGAUAUUGCAGCGUGGUACGUUUGAGAACUCUGCUCGUGUUGGAGAGUCUUUGAUUUUAUUGAAUGAAAGAACCAUUGCGGGUUGUGGCUGUGAUAUUUAUAUAUAUCAUAUGGGAAAUAAGGUUGGGGACAUGAGGCCUCCUAUUUGUGUUCCACAUUUUUAAAGAAUGAAAACUUGAGCGUUUGUUUAGCGAUUCAAUGAUCCAACUCUUGCAGUCAUAACUAGUCAUGAUAUUUUUCUUA